GAAAAAAUGAAGAACGAAAUUGCUGCUGUUGUCUUCUUUUUUACAAGACUAGUUCGAAAACAUGAUAAAUUGAAAAAAGAGGCAGUUGAGAGGUUUGCUGAAAAAUUGACUCAAAUACUCCAAGAAAAAUACAAAAACCACUGGUAUCCAGAAAAACCAUCAAAAGGACAGGCCUACAGAUGCAUUCGUGUCAAUAAGUUUCAGAGAGUUGAUCCUGAUGUCUUAAAAGCCUGUGAGAACAGCUGCAUCUUGUACAGUGACCUGGGCUUACCCAAGGAGCUCACUCUGUGGGUGGACCCAUGUGAGGUGUGCUGUCGGUAUGGAGAGAAAAACAAUGCAUUCAUUGUUGCCAGCUUUGAAAAUGAAGAUGAGAACAAGGAUGAUAUCUCCAAAAAAGUUACCAGAGCCCUUGAUAAGGUCACCUCUGAUUAUCAUUCAGGAUCCUCUUCUUCAGAUGAAGAAACAAAUAAGGAAGUAGAAGUAAAACCCAGUUCACUGACUGCAACCCCAAGUCCUGUGUACCAGAUUUCAGAACUGAUAUUCCCACCUCUUCCAAUGUGGCAUCCUAUGCCUAGGAAAAAGCCAGGAAUGUACCGUGGAAAUGGUCAUCAGAGUCACUACCCUCCUCCAGUUCCGUUUGGUUAUCCCAAUCAGGGAAGGAAGAAUAAACCAUAUCGCUCAAUUCCAGUGACAUGGGUACCUCCUCCUGGAGUGCAUUGUGACCGGAAUCACUGGAUUAAUCCUCACAUGUUAGCACCUCACUAGCUCCUUUUGAUUCUCUUGUUGUCAUAUUGGAAAAAAGGGUAGAAUAUACCUUAUUACACAUUAAAAGUUCAUAUUCAUAGUAGUGAAGUUAGAUGAACCAAACCAUCAAACUUAUUUUUAUAGAGAAGUUAUGAGAAUAAUCUUUCUUAAAAAAUAUAUAUAUAUGCACUUUAGAUAUAUUGAUAUAGUUUAAGAAACUUUAUUAGUCAAGUGCCUGAGUUUUUAAUAUUGGACUUGAGUAUUUAUAUAUUGUGCAUCAACUCUGUUGGAUACAAAAACACUGUAGGAGUGGAUGAUCUGUUCUAGCACCGUUGAGCAUUUACUUUAUGGAGAGUGUGUAAGUUAUUUAUAAUACAAGAAAAUCUAUUUUAUGUUGUUUAGAAAAACUGUGUGAAAUCAUGUAGUUGCAAAUAAAAAGUAGUUUGAGGCAUGA